AGACAGGGCCCGAGCACAUGUGUUCCGCUGGGGCCCGGGCUGCGGAUGCAUACGUUUUCUUCCGAAAGCUGCCAGAUGCAGCUCUUUGGAAAUGCCUGUUGAGGCUGACGAGGAAGCGGUUUCAGAAGCUUCCUUCCAAUCUGCCGAUGAGGAAGAGGAUGAGGACGAGCUAAAUGAUUUCAGCGAAAAUGCAGGAGGAGCAUCUUCAUCCAAGGCUGCUGGCGAUGCACAGGCCUCUAACCUGGAUGAUGACGAUGAUGAGGGAGGCAAAAGAUGGAACCUCAAAAGAGAUGGUGACAAGGUAGCCCUGGAGCCUAUAUUCAACCGUCUGGCAGAAGAUCGCGAGCAUGUGAAGAUUUCCAAAAUGUUCUCGUAUGUCCUUCGGCAUGCUGCACAUAAACUGGACGUGAGAAUUCGCAAGGAUGGCUUUGUCCGGCUGAAAGACAUCAUGGAACUCAAGAAUUUUCGGCCAUACAGCCUGGAGGAGUUGAUGGCUUGUGUCUACUUUGACGAGAAGGAAAGGUACACAAUGGUCCGAGAAUUUGAUGGGGACUUACUGAUUCGCGCCAAUCAGGGCCACACCAUGAAGGUGGUGGAAGAUGAUCUUUUGCUUGAGGUCAUCACAGACCCGACAACCGUUCAAGACUGUGUUCAUGGCACCUACUUGGUGCACUGGCCAUUUAUCAAGAGACAAGGGUUGUCCAAGGUCGCCCGAAACCACAUUCACUUGGCCCCGGGGCUGCCAGAGGACGGAAAGAUCCGGGGGAUGCGCUCAACAGCGGAGCUCUUCCUUUACAUAGACGUUCCAGCAGCCAUGCUGGAUGGAAUGGUCUUCUACCGGAGCAAGAACGAGGUGAUUCUUACCCAAGGGUUGGAUGGCUGGUUACCGGUGAAGUACUUCAUCAAGGCCGUGAAGAUCAACUACUCAACCUGCGACAUCGAAGAGCUGGAGUUUGACCGGGGUGUUUCGAUGCCAUCUUGGGCUGCUGAAUUGGCACCAUCGGGCCCAGGUGAAGCAGGCAGUUACAUGGUGAAGAACCUUGAGGCUCUCAUCGCGAACUGUCGGAAGCGCAUGGCCGAAAUCAAUGAGCUGAAGGCUGCAGCUGACAAUGGCCAGACUCUGACAGAGGAAGAACAGCAGAAAGUUGAUCAGUAUGGCGCUGUUUACAUUGAGCUGCAGUCGCUAGAACAGCGCUUCCGGCAGCACAAGGGUUAUCGGCGAGAAUCAACUCAGGAGAAAGAGCUUCGCGCAAAAGAAGAAGCGGAGGCCGCGACGGUUGUGCAGCGAAAGGACAGAGCUGCAACGCCUCCUUGGGAGAAGGGCAGGACAAGUAUUGAGUCGACAACAUUCAAAGCCACAGACAAAGAGAAGGCAGAGUGGGCUGCCCUUGGGAAGCGAAGGGAACAUGCUGCCGAGAAGAAAGAAACAAAGGAAGUGGAGAAGGAUGAUCCAUGGGCAGCUUUGGGUCGAGGGCGGCUGAAUUCCAUGAAUGGCCAGCAGCCCUCCACUCCGUCUGCCGAGAAGGCACCUGCAAAACCAUCAACACCAUCGGGAGCCACAGGCUCAGAGAGCUGGCGAUUUGGUGCGAAACCGGAGACAACGCCGGCAUCAAAACCAGGUCCUCCUCGCUUCUUCAACUCCAAGCUGCAGCAGCAAAAGGAACAAAAAGAAAAGAUGGAGAAGGAAAUGGCUGCCGAAAAAAGCAAAGACUCAGGCUCUUGGCGUGACCGUGAUUCGAAUUGGCGAAGCCGUGACGAGCAGAAGGACCCACCAAAAGAGAUGGCAAAGGGUGACACUGCACAAACGCCAGCUACAUCCAGCAAUGCCCAGAUGCAAACUGCACAGCAAAUGCAGAGUGGCAUGGCAGGUCCAGCUCAGCAGUUUGGAGGAUGCUAUGGAGGAAUGCAACCUUUCCAGGCAAAUCCACAGGCGAUGACCAUGAAUUCCGGCAAUUGGAUGGGACAAAUGAAUCCACAGAUGAUGAUGCAGCAGCAAAUGAUGAUGGCACAAUCAGCUCCAGGGCACGGAGGAUGUGGUAUGUGCGGAGGGUGCUGUGGAGGCUGUCCAGGUUGCCAGGGUGGCUGUCAGGGCUGUCAAGGUGGCUGCGCAGGCUGCCAAGGCGGCUGCCAAGGCGGUUGCCAAGGCGGUUGCCAAGGCGGUUGCCAAGGCGGCUGCCAAGGCGGUUGCCAAGGCGGAUGCCAAGCUGGCUGCGGCGGAUGCUAUGGUCAAGGCUGCUACGCCCAAGGAGGUUGUUGUGGCUAUGCCCAGGGUGGUCAUGGCUAUGGUUGCUGCGCUGGUGGAGGCUGCACUGGAGGCUGCACUGGUUGCUGCCCUCAAAGCUGUGGAGGCUGUUGUGGGGGUUGUGGCUGUGGCUGCCGUCCAGCCUUCUGCGGUGGCUGUGCACCACAGGGCCAACAGGGUUGCAGUGGCACACAGGGCUGCGGUGGUUGUGGAAAAGGAGACGGAGGGAUGGAGAGAGGUUCCAAUUGGAACGAGGAGAGAUGGAAGGACGAUAGAGGAGAUGGCUCGAACUGGAAAGGACAGGACGACGCCGGCAAGAAGGGUCGAGGCAAGGGCAGCAUCAGUGGACAAGGCGGCCAAGGCAAGAGCAGCAGCAAAGAUCGAGGCAAGGGUGGCCGCUUUGGUCGUGAUCGACCUUCGGGUGAUGACGAAUGGGCAGCUCUAGGCCGUAUGAGAAAUGCCGCUGCUAGCUGAGCGAGCUGAGAGCGAGGCGCUUUGAGAGGCCUUGUUGUCAGUGCUUUCAUUCGCUUGGGCACUUUGUCACACUAGCUGCUUGGCACGAAAACAUGUUGUGCUCUUGUGCUCUUCAUCCAAGAUGAAAGGUCAGGCAUACCAGUCAGAACCAGUUCACACUAGUGACAAUGUCAGAUUGAUCAGAUUGAUGUCUUGUUGUUCACUUUAAAGAUACAUUGACUGGCCCUUCGAGAUAGAACUUCUCAAGCAUGUGCCGUGUCAUUGAACCUAAAGGAGAUCAACCAGCGUCUCAAUUUGGAUUGUCUCACCGGCGCUGGGACACUUGUUUCAUUGGUAAACUAUCUUACAAGGCAUCACAAGUCUUGACUGAACACCUAGGAAUCAAAGCUCCAUCCUUUGCAUGUUGCUGUAUGUGUCGAUCUUGGAUAUUAAGUUUCCCUAAACAUCUAGGAACCAAAUCAUUUGAAGCGUCUUCGCUCUCCUGCGUCCUGUUCCUAGCGAACUUGUAGCUACUAGCUACCUCUUCUACUAGCUAGCUACCUCGGCCUACCCCCCCCCAUGACUUACUUGACCUCAGGCACAGAGAGUGCUAGCUUGUACCUAUUUCCCUCACCAGGUGCUUGAAGCCCGUUUCAAACGGAAGAUUCUCCUGUCAUUUCCCAACUCAGUGCUGAGCCUGGCGCCAUUGCGUCGCGCAAUUUGUUCAUAGUGAUGGAGCCCUUUGCCCUCAGCAAAGCAGAGCCAGGUGAGCAACGCAG